CUGGCAGCCCGUGGGUGAAGACUGUGCUGAGCCAGGCUGUGCCCCUGUGGUCUGUGGAGGUCCAAGGUGAAGCAGACACCCACUUGGAACACUUGGAGACCCCCAAGCCAAAAGUGGGUGUCCAAAGGAGUCUGGGACCCUAUGGGAAGCCUGUGCUGGAGGAUGCUCCUGGCAGGACCUGUGGAGCAUGGAGAGAAGCCUGGGCUGAAGCAUGUCUUCUGCCAGGACAUGUGACCCCACAGGGGACCCCUGCUGGAGCAGUGUGUUCCUAAAGGACUGUACCCUGUGGAUGAGACCCAUGCUGGAGCAGUGGCUUCAUGAAUUGAGCCCAUGGGAAGGACUCAUGUUGGAGAAGUUAAUGGAGGAUAAUCUCCCAUGGGAGAUUCCCCCUGCUGAAGAAGGGAGAAAGUUGUUUCUCACUGUCCUACUCUGAUUUGAUUGGUUAUAAAUUAAAUUAUAAACAAAUUCAACUUGCGGGUCAAGAUUGUUUUUUCUGUGACAGUAGUUGGUGACUGAUGACCCUGUCCUUAGCUUGACCCAAGAGCCUUUCAUUGUAUUUUCUCUGCCCUGUCCAGUUGAGGAGUGGAAGUGAUGGGAAUGUCUUUGGUGGACACAUGGUGUUGAGCCAAGGUCAACCCACCACAAAAUUAUAACUAUUAUAUGAAAUUUCUGGAAAAAACAGAACAGCUAGCAAUUUGAUAGUAGAAGACAUCUGGUUGUUUCCAGCCAAAGCUUUUCAAGUGAUAGCAAAUACUUUAAAAAUUGACAGGGAAGAAUCUAAAUAAAUAUCUUGUCUUGGAGAUUGCAAUAGGAGUUCAGAGAUGCUUAAGAAGGUGGGGUUCUGUUUAACUGGGGUGCAGUGUUGCAUCUUGACAGCUCUUGUUCCCAAAAGUUUUGGUGGGGCCAAAAGUUUUCAAAUAUUCAGCUAUCCCACAAACUUUUCAUCUGUAUUAAGUACUAAUCCUUAAUGAUAUGCUGGCAUUAUGGCUUUUUUAGCUCCUACAUUGUCUCAGUAUAUGCUGCCUGACCACUGUUGCCAUUUUCUGCCCUUUGCAUAUUCAUAAUGAAACUGUAGGAUCACUUUGUGCAAUCACAGAGUUUUCCUCAAGAAUAACUGAAGAGCAUGUUCAUUUUACUAAAGUUGAAUGAGGGAAACAUUAGUUGGGUGAGUAAUACUGUACUUUUGUCCAUGUGGGCAAACCAGUUUUUCUCGUUCAGUGGUAACCAGCAUAAUGUAAAAUAUGUGUAUUUGGGUCACAGUUUCUUUGUUUCAUUUCUAAGCUAGUAUUUUGGGAGGAUUGUUUUAAGUUUUCCUGUGCUGCUUAUAAUGAUCUUGAAAUUUCAAAUUCUGAAACCUUUAUGAAACCAACUUCGGGAAAGCUAGCAGAAAAUUCCAUUAUUCAGCAUCUGAAGGCCUUUUAUUUUGGUUUUUCCUUUAUGAAAGUUAAGUGCUGGUUGUUUUCUCAGCAGAUAUGUGCAGAUGUCACAGUAUGCUUAAGUGCAGUUUAGUGCAGACAGGUGACCUGGUGGGGACUUUAACUGUACUAUUUAGUAGCAUAGUCCUAGUUAUAUCAGUAUUUCUGAAAACUGAAUGUCCAUAAGCACAUUCCUUGAGAAAUUUUUGCUUGCUGAAGCUUUUUUCUGCUUUUUUCUGCAUGUUUUGCUAAAAGCCUAAAUACUGUGACUCUAACAGACCUAUGUAUCUGCUAAUUAGUGAGUGCCAUCAGUAUCUGGACAAAAAUAAUUAAAGUCUUUUAAUAAAAUUGCUGCUUGUCAGUUGAUCACAGUUUUUCCUUGGUGUGUGCAGAAAUAAGUUGUAGAGAUGCAAGCAGUCUCUGCUUUCCAUGCUCAGAUGCCCUUUAGAUGUGUCAAAUGCUAAGUAGUGUGACCCAUUGUACUGUUUCAAGAUAGGCUUUCAAAUGCUUGGUCAGAAUUGUGUGAUACAGACAUGGCUUUGAGUGUCCUGGCCUUUAGGGAUGCUUGAGAUGUUAUAAGUCUCAUGUAAUGCCUGUAUUUUCAAUUAAUGUGUUGAGAAGAGAUAGAAUUUUGCUUUUUGAAUGGAUGUAGUAACUGGAAAAUGAGUAAAAUUUAAAUGAAUAGCACUAAUUUUCAUAGUAUCUUGGUUUUCUUCUUUUGUUUUCAUUUGUUUUGGUACCUGUUCCAUUGAGCUUUAAAUCUGAUGGGUUAAACCCACUCUCACUGAUGUCCACGGGGACACUGAGCCAUUGGCCACUACUCUCUGGAAGCAACCAACAGCUCAGUGUCCCAAAGGACGUUGGUGACAAAUGGUCCCCUCAGGUGUCUGUGCUAUUGAAUGUCUUCAUUAAUGACACAGUUAAUGGGAUCAGGUGCACCCUCAGCUAAUUUGCUGGUGACACCCUCUGCUCUGCAGAGACCCCACCCACAGUGCUGCAUCCAGCUCUGGGGUCCCCAGCACAGGAAGGACACAGACUUCUUAUCCUGCUCUUCUUAUCCAGAGGAGGGCCGUGAAGAUGAUUAGGGGCUGGAGCACCCCUCCUGUAAGGAAAGGCUGAAAGAAUUGGGAUCGUUCAGCCAGGAGAAACCUCCGGGUAGACCUUACUGCAGGCUUCACUACUCACAGGGACAGUACAAGGGGUAAUGACUUAAGCUGAAGGAUUCUAUUUAGAUUAGACAUAUGGAAGAAAUGUUUUACAGUGAGGGGGUGAAACACUGUAACAGGUUGCCCGGAGAGGUGGUAAAUGCCCCAUCCCUGGAAGUGUUCAAGGUCAGGUUGAGUGGGGCAUCGAACAACGUGGUCUAGUUGAAGAUAUCUCUGCUCAUUGCAGGGGGUCGUUGGACUAAAUGAACUUUAAAAGCUCUCUUCCAACCCAAGCUAUUCUAUGAUUCUAUGAAAAUGGUAUUUUUUUGUGCAGGUAUGAUGCAUUUCCAGUAGCAGAAGCACUUGCUCAGGCAGGUCUUUGUAUUCAGUCUCACAGACAAAAAAACCCUUUCUGACUGUUUUCUGAAGGUAUCACACCCAACCUUUCUUCAGCUGCCAUUCUACUGUUGAUCAGGCUGUGAGAAAGAAGUAGAUGAAAGAGCUGCAUGCUGGGUGUUUGAGUUUUAGUGUGGGUUGGGGUCAAACAUAAAUAGCUGUAUUUAUAGAGGAAAGAGGGAGAGCUGCACUGAACUGAUUAUACUUGUAAAUGCACUGGAGUUUUACCUAGAGCACUGAAACAAAAUGGGUGCUUGUUUUGGAAUAGAUUUAAUUAAAGUUUUGUUCAAAGGCUUUUUAAAAAACCUGUUAAAUCAGUUAGGGAGCCACUGAUUUAGAGGGAACUGAUUAAGGACAUACUGUUGGUUUCCUCAGCUUUUCUUUGUUGAUGUUUCUACAAAUGUUCAGACUCCUUGUACUUUUAAGAGUUGCCUCAUCACACACUGAUAGAGUGGCUGGAAUGUCUGUAGCUGGAUAUUCUGAAGCAUAUCUGGACUUCUACAAAAUUGGAUUGUGUUUAUCCCUCUUAGUUGCUAACCUAGCCUUAGUUAGGUUUGGUAUUAUUUUAAUACACACUGAAGUUUGGAAUACAUUGCUUUUUGUAAGUGCAAAGAUAUCAUUUUUGUCUUGACAGGCUGUUAAUAUCAGCUAGUCAGCUUCCCUACAACUUUUAUUGCUGCUGUUUGUUUUGGACACUCUGUUUAAACCAGCUGAUUGCCCUAAAGUACGGUUCCAAUUCUCAGAACUGCUUUUAUUUUGCAUGUGAGUGCAGCAUCCACUAUCCUGUGGUAUAAAGCUGGCUUUGGUAUGUGCUUGUUGGAAGCUCAGUCAUUUACCAUAUACAGUCAGAGCUCUUCAAUGUAUACUAUCCAGAAGUAGUGAGUUGUUUAAAUUGUUGGUUAUAACAUUUCACCUCUUGACAUGUGUGUGACGUUGUCUUGCCCUAGAAAUGCAGGGCAGGCCGUAAGGUAUGAGUUAAUACAUAAGAUGAAAGAGCUGUAAAUGUAAAACACAGAAUACAUAACCACCGGGAUGCAUCAUUUAGAUUUCCUGACAGUAACAAUUCACUUUCAUCACAGUUAUAAACACAGAGGUUGUGCUACUGGUGGGAAGACAGCUGUGUUGCUGCUUAAUCAUGCUCAUUCCAGUGCAUAUCACUUCUGUCAGCCAGGCUCUAUUUUUGACUGCAGGAGCAAGCUUAGCCAUCAUUAGCAUGAUACUUGUGCCGUAAGGUUAAACAGAGUAGAGAGGCAAUUUGGAGUUGGUUAUGGUUGCCUUGUUUUGUGUGUACUGUGUUACAAUGGUUAAGUUACAAGAGGCCCGGUAUGAAGUUUUUCAAGAAGUGCCUUCUGCCUUACUUUACUGUUUGUUGAAUCUGAACUUCACUGCACCUCCUUGUUUGUGCAUGAGGAAUGGAAUGUAGAAGAGGUGUGACUGGCAUUGGCUUUGGACCUCAGUUUUCAGGUAGGUUUAGGGACAUGAAGGGCAGCAGGAAAGACAUCUGCAAGUACAUCACCUGCCAGAGGGAGACGAAGGAAAACAUGGGAAAAGCUGAGAUAUUAGAUGUCUUUUUUACCUUGGUCUUUUUUGGUAGGAUUUGUUGUCUGGAGUUCCAGACCUUAGAGACUAGUGGGAAAGCCUGGAGCAAUGAAGAUUUAGCCUCAGUAGAGAAGGACAAGGUAAGGUAACUUUUUUUAAAAGUUCGCUGUAAGAAAGUCCAUGGGAACUGAUAGACUGCACCUACGAGUGGUCAGAGCUGAUAUCGUAGCAAAACCACUCUGAAUUGUUUGUGAAAGAUUGAGAGAAUACUCUUCUGGAGGGCUGGAAGAACACAAGUGUUGCUUUUGCCUCCAAGAAGGGCAGGAGGAUCUGGGUAUUUGCAGACUGCUCAGGCACACCUAGACCUCUGGGAAGAUGUUAGAACAAAUUCUCCUAUGAAGCCAUUUCCAAACAUAAGAAAGACACAAAGAUGAUUAGCAAUAGUCAUUGUAGCUUUAGGAAGAGGAAAUCAUGUUUGACCAAGUGGCAGCCUUCUGUGACAAAAUGGCUGGGUUGAUGGAGGAGAAAAGAGAAGUUUGUACUGUUUGACUUUAACAGUGCUUUUGUCAUUGUCUCCCUUAACACCCUCGCCAUGUGGUCUAGCUAAGUAGAGAGGGAAAGGGAUUGCAAAUUGGCUGAAAUGCUGGGCUCCAAGGGGUGUGAGUGGUGACACAAAGGCCAGCUUUAGGCCAAUUAGUGGUGUGCCCUAGGGGUUGCUAGUAGUGUCUGGGCUGUUUAUUUUCUUUAAUACCUGAGAGACGGGAUGCUAUGAACCCUCAGCAAGUUCACAGAUGAUGCAAAGCUGGAAGGAGUGGAUGACACAACAGAUGCCUAUGCUGCCGUUCAGAGGGACCUUGACAGGCUAAAGACAUGGGCUGACAGGAAUCUUAGGUUUAAAAAGGUUCAGCAAAUCUGCUGGAAGGGUGUCUGCAUUCCAGCAUCAUCAUCCCUGUACUUCACUGCUCACCCGUUGCCAGCAGAUUGCUGGUACCCUGCCUUGAGUAGCAUACUGCCAUUUAUGUGUGGUGAUUAGACCAAAAUAUGCAAAAACAGUUUGGAGAGAACUGUCAAAGUCCUGGAGAAGACUGUGAUAACAAAACCAAAAGUUUUAUUUUUAAGGAUAGUUGAAGUGUUGACGAGGUGAUUUUCACAGCUCUGGACAAUUAUUUAAAUGUUACUUGGUAUCAGAGUUCUGUGAGGCAAGGAAUGUGAAAGUGGUUUUGAUCACAGCUUAUUUAAUGGUUUGACCCUUGAAAAUUUGCAGGAUUCCUGCUGUCUAGCCCUGUGUUGCUGAACCCACAGUCUGUACAGUCAUCCCUGCUGCCAAAAGUUGCAUGUGAUUUGUAAGAUAUUUCUUCGUGAAAGCGCAACAUCUUGUCCAGCUGUCCUUAAGUAUUCAAAAUUCAUAUUGUCACUUACAUUACUGUUUGCUGAAGCACCUCUCUUUCAAGAUUGUGUUCCCAGUUCUCAUCUUUUGAAAUCCAUUAGCUGUAGUUAACAGUUGCAAAGAAAUUGGUUGUGAAGAGAUAAAACCUUUGAGGAUGAAGAUUUGGAGCAGACUCUUGAGUUGUCUGUGUUAACAGGUCACCAGAAUAGCUUUAAUAGAAGUGUUGGUGUGUAUGUUAAGCAUCUUGUGUCAUGCCUCAUAAAGCAUUUCGUACAAGAAAUUGGAAUCCACGAGAAGGACUUGAUGAAGGUGAUUGUGAUGGCCAAACUUGCACAAUAAGUAGGAGUGUGUGAAUUCUGAAAGGUUUUCAUGAACCUAAUAAAGGGAAAGUCUAAUAUGACUACAGUUAUCUAAGGUUUGAGCUGGUCUGCUGCAGUGUGUCUUUAUUGUGGUCUGAUACUGUGGCAUCCUUCCAUAGCUUUGUUCCUUUAUGAAUGGUUGUGUAUGAGUUGAAAAGCCAUCAAAAGUUCCUAAAAUAUGGCCAGUCUCUGGAAUGGUGAUACUUGUGAAUGUUGUUUAGCCACAGUACAAAACCAAACCAAGCCCCAAACUUUGAUUAAUGUGAUUAUGCAAAAUAUAAGUGCCAAAGAAUUGGUGCCACUGAUACUUGAUGUAGAUGUUCAUCUAUAGACACAACACUUUUGCAGGCUUCUGUGGUUAACUCUUUACUUCUGUUGGCUUAGCAGAUGUGUCAGAGGAAAGAAUGGAUUUUUAGUCCAUCAGUGAUAGAUGACCAUAUAUAUUAAUUUCAAUAAUGAAGUUGCACAGGUAUUACCAGUUUGUAUGAGAAUGCAGUCUGUUUGGCUGGAGGUGAGCAAAAAAACUCAAUCUCUCCUAGUGUUCUGAAUCUAGAAAUACUGUCCCAGAUGCUUUAUGGGUUCCAAGGUACUGUGUUAUAUCAAAAUGGCAUUCUCAAUCUUUUUUAUAAAUCAAACCUCUGAAGACUUAUAUUUGCUGCAGUAUUUUCAGCUAACAAAUAUACCUAAGUGUCUAUGCAUCAUCAUACUGUAAUCAGCUGCAAUCAGUUUGGUAAUUGCUUAGAUAACCCUUGUAAGGAAUAUGUUAGUAGAAAGGGGUUCCUGUUUUAAUCCUAAUAACGCAAGCUGGAAUGUGUGUUGUCUGCUGGAUUGUUAUUUGAAGUGGAUGCCAGAAAUUCUUAUGAUAAAAUCAGUGAUAAUCAUUAUGCCAGUUUAAGGAGACACCAGCUCCGCCCCAGAAGUUCACAGGAAACAAAAUCUGGAAAAUGUGAUCCAAGAUGAGACUGUGUGUUGGCCCUGGAUUACCUCUCAUGCCAAAUAUGAUUACCCAAAUUCUAAAAGCCUUUCUGCCUGUGUGACCUUAGUUUUGUUUCUUGUCUGUGAAAUUGAUCUUAUAAUUUUGAGAUACUCUUGGCAGGGAAUUGGUAAGAAAAAUAUUUAUACAGUUGCAGCUGUGUGGUUCUUCCUCAUGUAUAUACUUGAUUCCAGAUGUCUAGAUCCAAGCCGGAAUUAAAUGGAGUUGAUUUGCUUUUUUAAAGAGAUGGUAGUCAUGUCCCUGAUGUGUACAGUAGCAUGACUGCAGUGUAGUUUGUUGAAGAUCUUGAAGUGACAGUAGGUGUUUAAACAGAGUUGUUUUCUCAUUUUAAAUAGAGGUAAUUAUGACACAAUGUAAUAUGAGAACCACAGCAUUACAGGCAGGUAAGCAAUCCAGGACUUAAUGAAAAUCUUUGGAUAGACUUUGCUCAGUCUGACCUCACAAACUAACUUUUCACCUAAAGGUUGCUCAGUGCAAUUGAAGCUGAAUAGGAAAAAGACUGAAAAACCAAACAAAUCUGUAACAACUCUUUGAAGGAGGGAUAUUUUUUCAUGUAAGUUUGUACAAAGCCCGAGUAGCAGCUCAUAAUGUAGUGAUGCUUUCUAAAAAAAUACGUUUAUGGAUCUUUUCCAUGUACUAAUAUAUCUCUUUAUUAUCUAAAAUGGCAUCUGUGAUUUAGCAAUACUUCUAGUUUCUGAAAAAUUGAGAUCUCAAUCUUACUUUAUUUUGUAGAAAAUGGUGUUUAUAAAUUGGAAGGAAUGAGUCUAGAGCCUGUAAAUUGUAACAUCUGGUUUAUUCAGUCUGGAUUGUAUGAUUUGCUUUGUCAUUGUGUUAAAAAGUACAGUGUGAAAGUGAGCUUCACUGUUUGAAUUAGGUUUGAAUGGAUGAAAGCUCAGAUUUGAUUCUUUGACUUGGCUUUCUGUUUUGCUGUGUUGCUUGCACAAUUCUCUUUGCUAUUUGAUAAAAUUACAUUCUCUCUCUCAAAAAUUCUUAGCUGUUAACCUUAACCUGAUGUUGAAAUGAGGUGAUGCUUUUUAUCUAAGGUAUGAAAAGCUUGAGCUGGAAAAAAUACUAAGUGUUUGAGAUCUCAUCCUCCAGGCUUAUUUUCCUCCAUAUCUCAGUUUCAAGUGCAAGUAUCUAGAGAUACAAACUAAUUCCUGACACUUAGUGAUUGAACUAAAUAUGAGAGCAGCCUUGUCCAACUCUUUCACUCCAGUAAACAUUGUUUGGGUUUGUAACACUAACCUGAAUUAAGCUUUUGUGUAGUUUUCAGUAGACAUUUUACUUAUAAAAACGUCAAAAUAAUGUUGCUUAUUUGUUCAAUGAUUUCCACUUGCAUAAACUUCAAGAAAAAUGCGGAGAUCACUGUUCAUCUUGGGAGGAAUGGUAGCUAAAUAUAAAGGCCUGAUAAUAAAAACGCAGUAAUACCACAUUUAAAGUAGUCAUUUGAGUAAUUUGGGCCAGUCUUUCUGUUAAUUUUGUGCUUGAGAAAAUAAGACCUGUUGACCAGUAAAAACCAGUAAUUUUACUUAUGGAAGAAAUAGGUGCAAUAUUACCAGUUUAUUUAGGAGCCCUGCAGUUUAUUAUUGACCUAAACAGUUUGUUCUGUAAAGACUUGGUGCCAGUCUUAAGAAAUAUUGAAAAUGAACCUGAUAAAAAUAACUUGUUGACCUUGUUCCUUAUGUCAUGGGCAUCUCCUCAGAAGUUUAGGAGUGCAGUCUUAAAAAAAAAAACACAGUAAAAAACCCCAAAGCAGUAAAUAUCCCAUUUUUUUCCUUAAAUAGGUGCAUACACUUUACUUAGUGAACAGACUUGAAUUAUGUUCACAUAAAUUCCAAAUAUCUAUAUUGGAAGAAAUAGCAAAUAAUUAUUAGCAGUUUUGUUCUGCUGAACCAGUUUCAGGAAACACAUAACUUCAAAAGAGAAUGGAUGUAACAAGGAAAACCUUCACACAAGACCACCACAUGGAGAGCUUUACAAAUACAUUGUUCCUGGUUCCCUGCAGCUGCCAAGUGAACAUGUUCACCAGGAUUUCUGGCGUUGUCAAGGCUUGGUUAGAAAAGCCUCUGUGUUCUUCAACAACAAUUAUUUUGAAAGCCAAAAUAAGUAACCAGCAGAAGUGUAUUUAUUGUCCUAAUCUCCAAAUUUGCACGCUUCUUACUGCUUUCCUGACAGGAUGUUUUGGUGGACAGUGUGUCCCUCCCUUAAGGUCAAGACAGGACAGGGAGUAGAUCUUCACCCUUUGGAACUGGAGCCAUUUUAAACAAUGAUGCACCUUUGAUAUGUGACUGUCUGCAGAGAAGAGGGGUAUUAACUACAGCACUUCCUCAUAUUGUUGUGUACUCAGAAGCACGUCACUAGGAAAGCCUCAAAUCUUUACAAAGUCCACAUUGUAAACUGAACUGUGUGCAAAGCUAUAAUUUAUGAAAACUUAAUUUCUUGAAGACCUUUGUACUGAUUAGUUUAAGACUCUGCCCUUGCUUUGUAGAUACAGUUUUACUCCAUGUGACACAGCUGUUUUAAAUAGCAAGAUAAAUGCUGAGGGAGUUUUUUGGUAGUGUUUGGGUUUGUUUUUCUGUUUAUUUUUUCCCCAAAUCAUGACUCUUAAUUUACAUCCUUCGCAUCUAUAUAGACUGACUUUAGACACCUUUAUAUAGUAGAAUUAGAGCACUGGGUUGAUAGGGAUUUUUAAAUUAUUGUUAUUAUUUUUAAACCAGUUUUCUUGUGAACUAUUUUCUGUGUAGGAGCUAAUUUCUGUCCUUAACAGUGCAGUGAGUUGGUGUUAAGUGAGUGCUGCUUCUGGGUUACUUGUGCUAUUGCUUCUCAUUAUGUAAACUUCUCAGUUUGAAAAAAAUGUGACUUGUUUAAUUUCAGUGGCAUGGAUGUAACAUCUCAAGAACUACUUGACACAAGGAGUGCCAGAGGUAUGGUGCCAGCUGACGCUGAUGGGGCUUACUUGUUCACUGGCCUGCAAACUGAAUUCUGAAGCAGCAGUUUAAUGUGCUUUCCUAGGUGUAGCACUCUGCUUAUGGGGAUAUUGGUCCAAAACAUCUACCCUUAAAGUGUUCUCAAAAAAGCUGAAUUCCAUUUUACUGCUGACACAUAAUGUGUUUUCAGAUGACUGCAAAGGAGCCCACUUUGUAAACUAAAAUUAAAUUAUGAAGGGGACUCUGUGUGUGUGUGCUCUGUGUUGUGGUGGUGGUGGUUUUUUCCCCCAAAGAUCUGAAUGUAAGUCUGAUCUCUGAUUACAGCUCAAAGAGCUGCCAGAAGAUCUACUGUAGUGGUUUGAUAAGUGGUUAGCUCUUCUGGGAGGAGGGUUAGGAAUGAAUAUCAAUUUUCAUAAGAGGUUUGAUUUCUCAUGUUCAAAUAAUAAAAAAGAAAGCUGCUUUAUUCAGGCAGUAGACUCUACUCACCAGAAUGACUGUUGAAACAAAAUCAUUCUUGAUACACAAGCUGUAGAUUUGCUUCAAGGUAGAAAUUUUAAGUAUUGAUAUUUGAUAGGAUAUUAGGAUUUGAUUAGGAAGUGUUUGACUUGCAGAGAACCAAAUGCCAACUUAAGCUAAGUAUGUAGAAUUCUAAUAGAAGAAUAGUAGCAUAAUUAAUAUGAACUAGCGAUUUCAUCAAGGAUUAUUUUAUAAUUCUAAGUAAAUUAGAAAUAGUUUUGCUGCACUCAUGGCAGUUGUAAAGCAAAUCUUUUGCCUUUAAAUGGAAAAAAAGAUGGAAAAAGGAUAGGAGAGGAAAUCAUGGCAGUCUCUUUGGGUUAGAUUUAAUAUUCACAGCAUAGUGAUGUGUUGACUGCUGUGAUGAAAACUUUCUAUUAGUACCUUCAGGGAGAUGGGGAAGAGGGGAUUAGAGCUGUGACUUUCCUACUGAGAGCCUUUAAUUUUGGUUUCUACAGAAAUGAAGAGGACAAUUGUCCACUCCUGAGCCUUCCUGAAUAUAAAUGUGAUGUUGUCUUUUCAUUUACCAUGGGUUCUUUUUCUUUGUUUGUUUUUAGCUAAGAAGUGCUUUCUUUCCUCUGCUGUUUUUAAUGGAACAGAAAAUGGAGAUGAAAAGGCAUGGCUUCUCCUUUAGGCUGGAGUUUGCACAGAGGCUCCUUGCUCUGUUUCUUUUCUGUGUGUGGGUUGUUGAGGACUGGAAUUGGUCAGGGUAGCAGGACAGUGCACCUGGGAAGCUGAGAGGGAAGGGCACAGCAGAGCUGUGCAAGACCAGCGUGCUCACUGUACAAAGUACACACAGUACCAGCCCAAGCUCUUCUCUAACCCACCAUCCCACAGCAGUGGUUUGCACCAGUUUAAUGCUGGUAGCAUUUUCAUACAUGAAUGAAGGGAAGGAGGUAACUGUGGAAGAGCCCAGUGUUACCUUGUGAAACUGUGCAAGUGAGCUGGAAGUCUGGCCCUAGCUCACAUUUUGUUAUUAAUGUUAAGACUUGAUUUUUGUAUUUUGGUUACUUGAAGACUGAUGGAAAGGAUUUUUCUUUCCCUCACUUUUGCCUAUAGGAUAUUUAUCUGAGUGAAGAUGUUCAAAACAUAAUACUUUGGUGUAUGUUUAGAUAGUGAUUGAUGUCGGGGGUGGGUAUUUCCUGAUACUUAAUGAUGGUCCACGAGAGUUAGUCAUCAUUGGCCAGGAAAUACCAACUCCAGAUUAUAUCGAGUUCAAUUAUCUAAAAGAUAUUUCAGUGUCCAUCUGAAUGUGGUACAUCGCCAGAGACAUUAUGUUCAUAAUAGCAUCUUGUUUUUGUGUUUAAUUAUAGAAUUAGUGGCUGUAUGUGGGUUCUGUGUGCUAUAAAUAUGUCAUCUUGAAGUUGCCAUCUCUGCUGCCGCAAGUUUUGGGAAGUGGUCAGGCAGUGUUGCCUAAAAGUCAACUAAAAUUCUAUAACUGCAAGAAUUUCGGAUUCUUAAAUAAAAGAAUUCUCUCCCUCCCUGCCCUUGGCCACCCCAAUUGCCAUCUAUGUAAAUUUUGCAGUAAAUUUUCCCAGUUUUCAGAUUGACAUUAAAACUGCAUCUUUUCAGGUUAAUCAAGUUCCCUUCUACUUUCUAAAUAAGAGUGAUGCUUUACUUUUAGUUCAGUGUACAUGCAUUACUUUGUACUUGGCAUGAUAGAAGUAAGUAAGUUUGCUUAAGAAAAAUCGACAAAAAUGUUAGUAGAAGCUAACAUAUACCACUACCAAACAACCGUGGUAUGUAUAACCUAAUGGGGGCGGGGGGAGGGGGUGUGUGUGUAUAUUUUCUGACAUUAAAAAAAAAAAAAGAAAAGUAUUUCUAAGUAUUUGUAGACCCCCUUUCCAGAGAAACUUAUCCUGGAAAUUUGCUCUAGCCUUUACUAACGAGGUAAACUAUGUUGACUGAAUAUAUUGUAGGAGUUCAAGAGGGGUAAAAGCCACCAGUGACUUCUGUAAUUCACGACUGAAGGGAGAAAACUGAAGGGAAUGUGUUCCUGGCUGCCUCUAUCUCUCUUCUGCCUUUUGGCUUCUUUCCUUCUCAGGACAGGUGAACUUUUCCAGCUCUAAUCUUAUAAAAAACAUAUAUUGGGACUUAGCUGUGUAAUUGUAGGCCUCUAUGCUUCCAUUAAGUAUUAAGCUUCUUUGGAAUAGGCUGAACCUUCCUGCUGUCUAGGCUUGUAACUGUCUUAUUAGCACACCUUGGGAUCUUGUCUGCACAGUUAUUUUUAUAGAUGUGUGCUGAAGAAUAAAGUAGUUUGUCAGUCAUAAAGAAAGACUUGAAUGAGUGAAAGCAGGAUUCACGAAUAACACUAAAUUGGGUUUAUAGGACUAAACACACUACAAGCUGUACAUACCCAAAUGUUUCACUCUGGACCUUACCCUGCUCCUUCUCAGUUGUUUUUUACAAGCUUUCAUAUGUUACUGGUGAGCACAGCUGGAGCUGGCAAAACCUUGCGUAACCUUGAAGAUGGGGAGGAAAUGAGGCAUCUCCAGUGGCCUGUCCCACUGAUGCAAUUGCUCAGGCUUCGCAGAAAAGGCAGGGUGUUGCUGAAGGUUUCACUGAAGUUGUGGUACACAAGUGGAGGACUGUUGUUACCUCCUAAAACUCACUGGUUUUCGUUCUCUGUCACAGAAGGAUGGACUUCAUGGGAUAAACUGCAGGGAUAAAAAAAGGGGUUCAGUAGAUUAUAUUUUUAAUUUUACGUGGAUGUGUCAGUUGCUGCUCUGGUGGAUUGUAGUAAGUGACAGUCACAGUAAGCUGUGCUAGCUUCUCUAGCAGGAUAUAGCUAUUGCUUCUGAUUGAGCUGUCCUAAGGUAUUAGGACUGUAGUAGUUUGUUAAAAUGUUUGCUUUGGAGUCUCAGAACUGAUGCAGGCCCUACCAGAACAUGUGCAAAACAAAGCAGCUGAAGGUGCCUUUGAUUCGUGUACGCUGCUGUGUUUGCAGAGCCCAGUGGGUACCCCAGCUGUAGCCUUUGAGGCCAUGUGCAGAGGGUUUAGGUUUCCCAAAGUGUUUCAGUGUGGCUGACCCACGAUGAAGGCUGUCCAGGCCCUUCCUGUUGCAUGUCAUAUCUGGAUGCCUGUUGUGUGGGGGCGUGGGUGGUGAAGAGAAUUUGCAGGGAGUGUCUCAGGGCAGCCUGUCCAGCGAAGCCUGUGUCACAGCUACAUUCUUGCUUUACCUUCUCUCUCUUGCAGAACUUUACCUUUUCAUGUUCUGAAUUUCGGGGAACUGUAUCAUCUGGAUUUGUCUGUAGUGUAACUGAACAAGUCUGUAUGGGUAGUAAUCUGUGGAGUCCUAAAAACAACAGACUUUUUUUUUUUUUUCAAAUGGACGUGAAAAUCUGAGAAAUGAACAAAUUACGGCAAAGCUUUAGGAGAAAGAAAGAUGUCUAUGUCCCAGAGGCCAGCAGGCCUCAUCAGUGGCAGACGGAUGAAGAAGGAGUUCGUACUGGCAAGUGUAGCUUUCCUGUUAAGUACUUGGGACAUGUUGAAGUGGACGAGUCCAGAGGAAUGCAUAUCUGUGAAGAUGCUGUGAAGAGGCUGAAAUCUCUACCUACAGUAAUAGCGCUCGACUUGUCCCCCCUGUUCCUCCAGGAAAGGAAGUUCUUCAAAGGCUUCUUUGGAAAAUCUGGGAAGAAAGCCGUCAAAGCAGUCCUGUGGGUUUCGGCGGAUGGACUCAGAGUUGUAGAUGAGAAAACAAAGGAUCUUAUAGUUGAUCAGACAAUAGAGAAGGUUUCUUUCUGCGCACCAGACAGGAACUUUGACCGGGCGUUCUCGUACAUCUGCCGGGAUGGCACAACGAGACGCUGGAUCUGCCACUGCUUUAUGGCUGUCAAGGACACGGGGGAAAGGUUGAGUCACGCCGUGGGCUGUGCAUUUGCAGCAUGCCUGGAGCGAAAGCAGAAGCGAGAGAAGGAGUGUGGAGUGACUGCCACCUUUGAUGCCAGCAGAACCACAUUCACUAGAGAGGGGUCAUUCAGGGUCACUACAGCUACUGAACAAGCAGAGAGAGAGGAAAUUAUGAGACAGAUGCCGGAUGCUAAAGCAGUUGAAACAGAAGUGAAAACAGUAGCACCAGGUGCUGCACCAAACAAUACUGCCCCCUCUUCUGGCUCACCAACCUCUCCUACUGCUGAAGUUGCUGCCUCUCUGGAUAAAGAAAUGAGCAACCCCCACGCUAUCCCCCGGCGGCACGCCCCUAUAGAGCAGCUUGCCAGGCAAGGGUCUUUCAGGGGCUUCCCCGCCCUCAGCCAAAAGAUGUCUCCUUUUAAACGCCAGUUGUCUUUGCGAAUAAAUGAGCUGCCUUCAACAGUGCAAAGGAAGACUGAUUUCCCCAUGAAAAACUCAGUCCCAGAGGUAGAAGGGGAAACAGACAGCAUUAGUGCCCUGUGCUCUCAGAUCACCAGUGCUUUCAGCACACCAUCAGAAGAUCCUUUCUCUUCGGCCCCCAUGACAAAACCAGUGACAGUAGUUGCACCACAGUCUCCUGCCUUUCAAGUUAAUGGCACUGCCUCUGCCUUCUGUGUGCUUGCUGCUAAACCAUCCCAAGCUGCUGUAGUGUCCACAGCUAUGCCAGUUCGUGAAACCAAUCCUUGGGCUCAUGCUCCUGCUGCUAAUACUGGAGCUGCAGCCGUGGUCGCUGGCACUGAAUGGAGCAGCACCUCCUCAGGUGCAGCCUCACCGAGUCUCUUCCAAGGAAAUCACAGACGUACUCCCUCAGAGGCAGACCGCUGGUUGGAAGAGGUCUCAAAGACUGUCAGAGCCCAACAGCAGCCAAGCUCAGCCCCAGCCCCACAGCCACUGCUCCAGCCUCCUCCAGCAGCUCCAGCCCCCCAGUCAGCACCAGCCUUCCCAGUCAGCACCUUCAUUGCGCCUCAGCCUGUGCCGGUGGGCGUGGUACCGCCCAUGCAGCCAGCGUUUAUUCCAGCUCAGCCCUAUGCUGUAGCAAAUGGGAUGACCUAUGCAGCCCCAAGCGUCCCUGUGGUUGGGAUCACACCUUCCCAGAUGGUGGCCAACGUCUUUGGUACUGCCAGCCACACUCCAGCGGCCCACCCGCAUCAGUCCCCCAGCCUGGUGAAGCAGCAGCCGGUCCCUCAGUACGACGGCAGCAGCAGCAGCGCCACUGCCAGCCCCUUCUUCCACCCGCCCGCGCAGCACAACGGCUCCGCCGCCUUCAACGGCGUGGAGGGGGGCAAAUGGGCUGCCGAGGACAAGCAUUCGCAGCCGCCCGCCCCGCAGGUCGACCCCUUCGAGGCGCAGUGGGCAGCUCUGGAGGGCAAGGCAAAGCAGCGCACCAACCCCUCCCCCACCAACCCCUUCUCCAGCGACCUACAGAAGACAUUCGAGAUCGAACUUUAAGCGGUCCUGUGGGGGGCGGGUAAUUGUACAUUAGGAUCGAGGGAUAAAGGGAGCAGAGGGACUGUUUCUGAUCAGUUUGCUUUGAUAAUCCCAAAGGUCCCUUCAAACUAAAAUGGGUUAGAAAGAGGGAGCAGUUGUGGGAAGGAUGGAAACACACAGAGAAUUUAAUGUGCAGUUCUUAAAAGGAAUCCUGGAGCCACCCCAGUCUGCAUCCCCUCUUCUCUUGGAAAGCUGGAAGUCAAAUGGAGCAAAGAACAGCACUCAGUCCCAAAGCCUGUUCUGCAGAAACAUCGAUCAUCUCACAGAAAGGAAGGCAGAUGUUUGUACCUGUGUCCUCCUGAUGCCCUGCAAGCCCUGGAUGUUCCCCCUCAGGGAAAAAUUGGGUAGGGUGGGGGGUGGAUAUGGGUGGGAUGUUGUCACCUUAGCCAAAAGCUAGGUUUGUGGAAAAAGUUGAGCUUCCAUUUUGAGUAACAAAGUGAAUAUUAUAUGUAAAGAAUAAAGUAAAGCCAAAAUCUUUAUUUUUAUGCAUUUAGAAUAUUUUAAAUAGUUGGAUAUUAAAAGCUGUAUGAGUUGUAAGUAAUCUUGCCAAAGGUUAAAAAACAAGGGGGUUGGAUGUAAGAAAUUGUACAUAAGAUUGAUUUAUCGCUGAUUCUUAUAGUAAGUAAUAUUGGGGGGGUGGAAAAAGGGGCUCUAGCUUGUUCUUGUAUCUGUUCAUUGUAAGUAGCAUAUUGCAACAACAAUCACAACCAAUAAGUCAUUAUAUCGUAGUUUUAAAUAAAGAAAAUUAAAGAACAGUAUUGUCAUGGUUUGAAAACCAUGGGGAGCAUUUACUGUUUUUUAUUGGAAUCAGUCUACAUAUUCUAUAUAGUAUGGAUUUUUUUCCUUUCAUAUAUUGCUGCAGUUUCUUUGUCUUAAUCUAUUGGUUCUAACACUACUGUGACAAUUUACUGUCAUCAUAUCUACAUCCUGGGGCUGCCUGGGAAACCAUUUUAUGUUUGUCUGUCAAUAGUUCUUAGAGAUUCUUAACUUUGGUUUUAUUUUUUCCCACUGAUUUGUGAAACCUUGUGGUUAAGGCUGCAGCUGGUCCAGGUUCUGCCUCUGGUGACUUGUGAAAACCAUCUCAUUUUAACUUUACUUUUAAACUUUGGCCUUACAAGCAAAUGUAAGUUAUAUAUAUUUGUACUGAUGAUUUAUAAUCUGCUUUAACAGAAAUAAAUGUUGGUGGUAGAA